AUGUACCAUCCCGGUAAAGCCAAUGUGGUAGCGGAUGCACUCAGCCGUAGAGGUCCCGGACUAGUUUCCACUUUACAAGGAGUAUCAAGGGAAUUAGUGGAAGACAUGGAACGAGCUGUUAAAGCAGAGCAUCAAAGACCAGCGGGAUUGUUACAACCACUGAAGCUCCCUGAAUGGAAGUGGGAAGAGAUUUCCAUGGAUUUUGUGACUGGAUUACCUAAGACUACAAAGCAACAUGACGCCAUUUGGGUAGUCGUCGAUAGGUAUACAAAAUCUGCCCAUUUUCUACCAGUACGCAUGACUUACUCCAUGGACCAUUUUGCUGAACUUUAUGUGAAUGAGAUUGUGAGAUUAAAUGGGGCACCGUAUUCUAUUGUUUGUGAUCGAGAUGCUCGGUUCACUUCGUUUUUUGGGAAAGCUUACGAGAGAGCAAUGGGAACUCGAUUGAAGUUCGACCGCAUAUCAUCCAGAGACAGAUGGUCUCCACUGCAUUGGGAUGAGUUGGGAGAGAACAAACUCCUAGGGCCAGAUGCAGUUCAGCACACCAACGAAGCUAUUCAAAAGAUCAGGGCUAGAAUGAUCACAGCUCAGAGCAGACAGAAAUCUUAUGCAGACCUGAAGCGGAGAGACAUUGAGUUCGAAGUGGGUGAUCAUGUGUUUCUUCGAGUGACACCACGAAAAGGACUCUCGGUGAAGAGAUUUGGCAAGAGAGGGAAACUAAGUCCUAGAUAUGUUGGUCCAUUUCAGAUAUUGGAUAGAGUGGGCAGUGUAGCUUAUAGAAUAGCUUUACCGCCAUCAUUAUCUGGGGUGCAUAAUGUAUUUCAUGUAUCUCAACUCCGGAAAUAUGUGUCAGACCCAUCGCAUGUUUUGAGCUAUGAAACACUGGGUUUGCAGGAAGAUUUGUCCUACAAUGAACGUCCGGUGAAGAUUCUUGAUCAAAAGGAUAGGAUUUUGAGAAAUAAGACAAUUACCCUGGUGAAAGUCCUAUGGAGAAACAAAGGUGGCCGAGGAAGCUACUUGGGAGCUUGA